AUGUCUAUCGUGGCGCUAGCAGACGGACAGCAGUCCAGCGUCACCCUCGAUGUACUUCACGAUGUCGCGGCGCGCAACAACAUCAGAAUUGCGUCCAAGGCAGACGAAGAAGCAUACCUACUUGUCCUUCAAUCAGCGGAUAUGACGGCUGCAAAUGUCAACAGCCUGCCGGACUAUGUCGAUCCUCGACUCGAGCCUGUCCCUACCAUCGGUGGACGAGAAUAUUGGAAACCCAAGAAUAACAGCCACAAUGCUUGGAGUCACCAAGCCAAUAUCGUUGCAGAAAAACCGCUAUCGGACGUUCUCAAAGGUCGCAAGGUCAUCAUGAAAGAUAACAUGUCUGUUUAUGGUCUGCCACAUACCUGUGGAACUUUCCCUCAGUUGGUUUCCAAGGACGGAAAAUACCCCAUUGCAACGAUCGACGCUCCAAUCACAAGGAGAUUGCUGGAGGCUGGAGCCACAAUAGUAGGCACAUCGACAUGCGAAAACUAUUCUCUGACGCCUAUGUCCUAUACUUCAGCCAACGGACCGGUCCACAACCCUUGGCUUCACGAUUAUAAUACUGGCGGGAGUACUAGUGGAGGAGCAUGUCUUCUUGCACUAGGGAUCGCUCGAGCUGCUGGAGUACCUGGUCUGAAUGAAGCUGGGGAAGACGUAGACCUGGCGAUGGGUGGCGAUCAGGCGGGGAGCAUUCGACUUCCGUCUUCGUAUUGCGGUGUCUAUGGCCUUAAACCUACCCAUGGACUAGUCCCGUAUACUGGAAUUGCUGGACUCCAUCCAAUGAUCGACUAUACAGGCCCAAUGGCGCGGAAACUAGAAGAUAUAGCCACUCUACUUGAAGUCGUUGCCGGCUACGACGGCCUGGAUACACGCAUGACGCCGGAAUCGCCGCUCCCGCAACACGUUGUUGAUUAUGCGAAGCAACUCGCUGCUGCGCAGAACCCGGGCAAAGGCCUCAAAGUUGGCAUCAUAACAGAGUCACUCAGUUCUCCAGGCACCCAGCCCGAAGUUGCAGAGACUGUGCGCUCCGCUGCAUUGAAAUACUUUGAGGCAAGCGGUGCGACAGUGUCUGAAGUUUCGAUUCCUAUGCAUCUGCUCGGUCCCGCCAUCUGGACAGCAGCGACAAGAACACAUCUUGCCGGACUGGCCAUCGGCGGCCGAGUACCCGACGCGCUCAGCCACAACAUUCCACACCUGUCCCUGAGAUGGCCUCCGGAUCAAGAAAUGUAUGAUCUACUGACCGUGGCCAACCCCGCAGUCAUAAACAUCAUUUUCUGCGAGACCUUUUUGAAAGAAAAAUUCGGCCCAGAAGUCCAGGCCAAGGCGCAUCGUCAUGUCUUGCAGUUAAGAGCGGCUUACGACAAGGCCUUGGAAGAAUUUGAUGUCCUUAUUACCCCUACGACACCAACCGUUGCUCCCCCGCAUCCUGACCUGCGAGCUGAGGUCGAGGGCGGAAGUACCGUCAUGGACAAGAUCAAAUUGGCAGUUGGGGCGACCAACAAUACCUGCCCAUUCAACGCCACAGGCCAUCCAGCGUUGAACGUCCCCUGUGGUUGGGCACCUGCACGGAACGGGCGCGGGAUGCUCCCCGUCGGUAUGCAGGUGAUUGGCAAGAGAUGGGAUGAUAUUGCAGUGAUGAAAGCUGCCAAAGCAUUUGAAUUGGGCGGAGGAGGUCUAGGCUCAUGGCCUGGUCAGACGAAAACAUGA